GUUUAAACCCAUACAAGUACGGGUUGUGGCCAUGGCUUACCAGAUCCAUUACACAUCCACCCCAGCCACCUACACAUCUAUCCCGGCGCCAACUGGAACUGGUCCAUCUGGCAAUACCCCAGGUGGAUAUGCACCAAUCAUCCAUUCUCCCCCAAUUGCGAGCGCUUCACCAGCUAACAUCAGCCACAUCGUUGCGCUCGCAGAGCAGAACCGAGAGCACUUUGAGUAUAACACCUCCACGUUCACAAAGAUGCGCGUCACCAUUCAUACUACUGGGGCCUGGGAGGGCUCUGUGCACAGUGACAACCAUGUCACCAUUCUCCUGAUUCUUGACAGUGGUGGAGCGGUUCAAGUUGACAUGAGAACCGAUGAUGGAGACAGAAGAGGCCAACUGCAGUGGAAGCUGGUAAAUUACCAGCAUUCGAGUUCGGAGAUCAGGUCUUUUGAUUAUGACCUUGGUGCGCCAGUUCAGGUCAAGACUCUAUAUACAGCGAUUCGAAAUGACUGGAGUCUUCACCAGUAUCUCUUCUCGGCUGGUGGCUCAGGAUGCCACUAUUGGAACUAUGUACUCCUGUCUAAAAUAGCAAACGAUACAAGCAGGUUCUCCUUGCACCCUGACGUACCAGCCCAUGCUUGGGGUGUCUUCGGAAAAUGGUAUUCUCGAACUGGCGCCGAACGACCAAACGACCCUCCCCGCCAAGGUCAAUUUCAGAGCUACGCGGAGUGGUGGAACGAUUGGUUCGCCUCAGAGGAAGAGGAAGACGAGGAGGAUUGAAACGAUGCUAAAGCGAAGUGUUCGUUGAACAUACAUGUCCCAAAAUCAGGACAUAACAUCGCCGUAGAAAGCUUGAUUCAAGGUUCUUGUUCUUGUUUGUUCAAUGGGUCGUGUCUUCUUUCAAUCGUUCUCGUUCGUUACUUUUUUCCUACGUGUUCUGUCUUCCUUGAGACAGCCCCUCUUUUAUUCUUCUUCGGUGGGUUCAUUCCAGGCGGUGGUUGAGGCUUGAAUUUAUGUAUUUGGCUAGUCUUAUUAGCAACGUAUAUCCAUCGCAUAUAACCAUAUGCUUACUAUAUAUGUCUUUGCCCAAGAUAGUAGGCUUGUUUCAGAAGCCGGGCUUGAGCUUUCUCGUCCUCAUCAAGCUUGUCUAAUAACUCCAGGA